UGUGAGGCAUAUGUGGACAAACUUCACAAAGCUCUUUCCGGGAAAGGUCAUGAAGGAUCAAAUGUGGGCUUGUGCCAAAGGCAACCACCUUGCCUUAUUUUCAGAAAGAAAUGAAUGAGAUGAAAAGCCUGGAUAAUGAUGCAUAUAAGUGGAUGACAGUACCCGAGACACCAGCUAGACAUUGGUGUAGGGCUUUCUUCAACACAGAUGUGGACUGUGACAUCAUGAUUAACAACAUCUGCGAGAGUUUCAAUGCCUGGAUAUUAGAUGCUAGGGGUAAACCCCCUGUGACUAUAUUUGAAGAAUUAAGGGUGAAGUUAAUGAGACGGAUUGCAGUGAGAAAGGAAAAAAUGAAAGGGUACCAUGGGAAUAUCUGCCCCAAGCCAAAGGCUAUUAUAGAGAGAGACAAGGAAAAGGCUGCUAUGGACUGUAUUGCAACAUUCAAUGGUGGAGACAUUGCUGAGGUUGAGAAUAUUGAGGGAUCAAAGAAUGUAGUGAACCUUGUAAUGAGGACAUGCACUUGUAGGAGGUGGGACUUGACUGGAAUCCCCUGCAAGCAUGCUAAAUCUGCCAUAUACAUGAAGAGGGAAGACCCAGAUGACUAUGUGGCAGCAUGCUAUCUCAAGAAGACCGAAGACCUAAAUGAGUAUCUAUAG